AGUCGAAAGCGAAAACCCGCUUAGCCAGCCCGUUUGAUUGCGUUGCAGCGCGCUAAGACUCGUUUUAUAUAAAACGCACGCGUACUUACUGGUGCUUCCUGUUCACCCAUUGACUCCGACGUGUUAAAUUCCGCGCAACCGAAACGUAAACGCCAUCGUGAUCUUCAAAAAACGAUCAGAUGUCGUUCGACUGUUGCGGUAGCGGCGAAGCCGCUGGUGAGACGUUCACGGAUAUCCUUGAGAAUGUGUCGCGACUAUCGCGUACAGUGUACGCCAGUUUUUACCGUGACGUCGCGCAAUUUGUGCAAGAAUGCUCUCCCCUGUUCCUUGUCGGCGCUAUUCUCCUUUUAACAAGCCUGUUCAUUGUGUCCCACGUUCACGUCACGCCGCCUAGGCGCACCAGACUCGAAGAGUAGCGCGAUCUUUCGGUGUACUCACAAGACUAUUUUUCUUUUACCAUUUCUUCGCGGGUGUGAGUAAUUGCGAUAAUAACGCGCUUCGCGAAAACGUCAACCCCUCGUUUGACGGCAAUGCGAUCGUAUAUUAUACGUUCGAAACGCGUGUUCGAUAUUUAAUUCUGUUUACGGCAGAUACUUCCGUUAUUUGUUUUGGAAGAGCUGUCUCGGCAAUGAAGAUACGCAGUGAGAAUGUCCUGCAUACGUAGCUGAAUUUGGAACGGUGCGUUCCAAAAAUUAUAGUAAAACCUCGAUUGUCCAAGUGAAAUCAUAAUACAAGUUUCGUUACCCGAAUCUAAAACUACAAAUUUCAUGUAAAAGCAAAAGCUGCCAUGAUUUAUGCUAUAUAACGAAUAUAAUCGUAAUUAAAUUUACCUUGCUAUGGAUACCAUGGAAUUUUUCGACAGGCCAAUAACAAAACUAACAAGACGCAAAUGCGAACACUGAAUGUGUUCCACGUUUUCGGUAAACAGAUCGAUCAAUAUUGAAAUAAUCGAUUGUUCCGUUAAUCAGUGCUUUGAUAAUCGAUGUUUUACAUUUUACGGUAGUCGUUUCCGUUGCAUCGCGAUUCUCAACGCGACGUAAACAAAACGCGAAUGGCGUCGGUUCCCCGGGAGACUGUCACGUGGGUCCGAUGUUUCGAUUCGCCGUCGUGUCGAUAAUGAUAUUGCACUUUCUUCGGUCUGAACAUUGAGCGCGGAACGUUGGAUAGAAUACAUAUUAUCGCGGGUAACUAUGGUGUGUCGUUUGUUAAUGAUGCGGACACCGAACGUCAGCCACGGGACAAACAACGAAGUCGCGUGGACGGACGAGGAGGAGGAAGAGGAGGAUGAGGGAGAGGAAUGAAUGAAUGGGACGAGGAGGACCGGGGUCGACGCGGUGCAAGGGGAUGCGACGACCGUCGUGUUGUUACGAUGCGCGACGGUCUGCUACUUGCUUGCCGAUUUGCAACGAGGUCCCAUUUGUGGAAGACGCAUCACUCUAAGGGUUAACCAGGACGAAAAAGGCUAACCGUUCGAGGACACGCCAUUUGAGCUGCCACUGAGGCUCUACUGCGAGGAAGAUUCCGGAUUGGAUGGUGUACCGGGUCGAGUGUGCUGCAAAGAACACUAGAUCAGCGAGUCAAGGAAGAGAAAGAGAGAGAGAGAGAGCAAUAAAGCUAGAUAGAAAGAACGCUGGUUGAAAUCUCCGAAGGAUCAUGGCGGGCGAGGACACGCAGAUCCUGGCGAACGGAAACGUCGAGGCGCUCACUAUAAUCCCGCCGAAGAUGGCGAAUGGGAACGGUCUGAUCUGCGGCAAGCAGCACAACAAUAACGGCUCGAUACCGAACGGGAAGCUGCACGAGAUCGCCGGGACGGAAAACGGGAAGUUGAUCAUGUCCGACGAGAAAUCCAGUAGCCUCCACACGGAGUUCGACGACGCGGACGUCUCUUGCGGCUGGGGCCCGUGCAGGCCGCACUGGCUCCAGUAUUUCGCCACGAAGCAGGCCUUCCUGGUUACCUUCUGCAUCACCUGGGUACUCCAGGGUAUGUACUACACGUACUUCGUCUCGGUGAUCACGACGAUCGAGAAGCUAUUCCAGAUCCAGUCGAAGACCACCGGUAUCAUAAUGUCGGCGACGGAGAUCGGCCAGAUCGGCUCCUCUCUCCUGCUGACGUACUACGGAGGCCAAGGUCACCGGCCCAAGUGGAUCGCUUGGGGCAUGAUCCUGUUCGCGGUGAGCUCGUUCACCUGCUCGAUGCCCCAUUUCAUCUUCGGCGAACAGCUGAUCCAUCAGAACGAGAUGCUGGUGAGCGGUGUCGGAACGAGAGGCGACCACGGGGGUCUAAACAACACCGACCCGAUACCCGCGAACCUUUGCAAGAUCCAGGAACGACCCGAGAACGUCACUCUCGAGGAAUGGACCUCGUCGACGUCGUCGCCGGCUUUCAUCGACACGCGUAGUUACUGCGAGGGCGACUUCAAGGAGGAGCAGCUGAUACAGUCUAAAAUCACCACGGUGGUGCUGGCGAUUUUUUUCGUGUCGUUGCUAGGCGUUGGAAUGGGUCAGACAGCGGUCUAUACACUCGGUAUUCCUUACAUCGAUGAUAACGUGGCCAGCAGAGAGAGUCCGUUGUAUUUUGCGAUCACGAUCGGAGUGAGAAUCCUCGGGCCGGCCCUGGGCUUCAUCCUAGGCUCCCUCUGCACGAUGAUCUACGCGGACUUGUCGGUGAAUCCGCAAAUCACGCCGACGGAUCCCAGAUGGGUCGGAGCUUGGUGGCUCGGUCUGGUGCUAAUAUCCGCCAUGCUGAUGCUGGUCAGCAUUGGAAUGUUCGCGUUUCCGACGAGGUUGCCCGCGAGCAGAACCCCGCCGAAACGAUCGGAUGCGAAAAAGCCUAGUCUCAGAGACUUCCCUAAAGCGGUGAAGAGGCUGUUGAAGAACGACAUUCUUAUGUUCCGAACGGCCAGCAGCGUGCUGCACAUCCUACCGAUCGCCGGCCUCUACACCUUCCUGCCAAAGUACCUCGAGAGCCAAUUUCGCUUGCCGGCUCAUCAUGCGAACAUGAUCUCAGGUGUCGGUGGUAUUUUAGUAAUGGGUCUGGGCAUUAUAAUCAGCGGAGUGUUCAUCCUGAGGGCAAAGCCUAACGCCAGGUUUGUCGCAGCCUGGAUCGCCUUCACAGCGGUGGUUUACGCGAUCGGCAUGGGUGUGCUGAUGUUCAUCGGCUGCCCGAUGGACGAUUUCGCCGGUCUCGUCUCGCAUUCCAAUGGAUUGUCCAACUUCGAGCCAACUUGUGAGGCUACCUGCGACUGCGAUCGAAACAAAUUCAGUCCGAUCUGCGGCGCCGACGGCAAAACAUACUUCUCUGCGUGUCACGCCGGUUGCUCCAACUAUACCGUCAUCGAUGGCAAGGUGACCUCGUUUUAUAAUUGCCAGUGCGUCGGCUCGAACUUCACGAUACCGGAACCAUCGAGCAGCUCAGCCACGAUCGGGUAUUGCGACCUCGAGUGCAGUAACUUUUGGGUUUAUAUGGUUCUCUUCUCGGUGUUCGUUUUCAUCCACUCGACCAGCGAGGUGGGCUCUAUGCUGCUGAUACUACGGUGCGUGGAUCCACGGGACAAGGCCAUGGCUCUGGGCCUCAUACAAUUCGCCAUCGGCCUGUUCGGUAACGUUCCGUGUCCUAUCGUUUAUGGUGCUGUAGUGGACUCUGCCUGUCUCGUAUGGGAGUACGCAUGCGGUCAGCGAGGUGCUUGUUGGCUCUACGACUCGAACGUCUUCAGAAUGUUCUAUCACGGCACCACGGGCGGCAUCCUGGUCCUGGCGUUUGUGGUAGACAUAGUGGUCUGGUACAAGGCCGGGAGCAUCAACUUCGUGGAGGAGCAAGAGGCGGAGGAGGGUACCGUGGAGGAAAUGGCCACCCUGAAGUCGCAGGACGCACAAGCAGUGGACAACGACUACUUGUGAAGAGCGACGGCCGAGGGUCGACGGUAUCCCAGGAACCUGGCCUGAGUUUCAGCGUCGUGAGCCGGGUACGAAGCGAUACACGAAGUGUUCCUAACCCGACGAGGGAUUCGGUGAUGUCGGCAACGGUGACGCUGGUCGGCGAAUCGGCAAUCGGCGGGGCUGGCUGAUCGCGUCUCGUUACUCACCGGGUGUCUGUUAGCUUCGUUGGCAAGCCGAUCGGACGUUCUCGGCGGCGAAAGUAAGAAAGAACUCGAUACGAGACAACAGCUGUCGGCUCGAUAUUCUAAAAAGGUGCUCGCGUCGAUCGUGUUCCGCGCGGUCCGACGACAAACCGGCGGCUAAACCGGCGGUGAACAUGUCAGUGCGAAGAUGUCAGUCCUAGGCUGGGCUGGGAAAUGCCCGUAGUUUCCAAAGAGGCUGUGUCGUGGUUCACGUGGAAUCGGCACGGAACGAGCGGAGAAAGAAGCACGGAGGAGGGUACUCCCGAUGCCGGUCAGCUGGAAACGGUGAUCAGAUUGUCAAAAAAAACAACAAAAAACGAUCGACCGGAUCGGAUGCCAGCCCGGAAACAGAUGACGAAGCAGGAGGGGCGAUGGUAGACACGAUGGAGUCGGAUCCUAGAAGCGCGUCGUUUGUCCGUCAGUCUGUACUCGCGAAGCAAAAACCCGUCGAUCAUUCCAUUCGACCAGUGAUUAGGAUUCGGUGAAUGUCCUCGCUGAUGAAGACAGAGAAGAGGUUACUGCGUAUUGUGUGCGUGAGGAAGGAGCGUGUGCUGCUAGAUAGAUAGGUAUAUUUGGGUAAGGUCCUGCCCGUUGUUCGGAUCGUCUGCGAUACGAAACGCGCUCGGUUUCUUCGUUCUCCUGCUUUUCGUUCUUGCAACCGGGGGACACGGUUAUCGAGACAACUGUUCAGGCAUCCACGCGACCGAUGCCCGUCGCGCAAAGAAUUGCUACAUACGUUCCCGCCGAGACGCGUACAGGAGUCGACGAUUUCGGAAACCGGCGCAGGUUCUUUUCUCGAAUUUCUUGCAAUCGCUUGUCCACUUUUUCGCGCGAGCAGUCGAGUGCCCGUCUCGUCUAUUUUCAAUCUUCGGAGCGGGACAGAAUACGAAGGAUCCUUCGUUCGGCGUUCUCUUUUAGCUGUUACCGUCCGGCGUUCUCCCCGAAAGUGCAGACCGCCGCGAGGAAAGUGUGCAAGCGAUUAACGUUGCGCGAGUAUCGCAUAUGUCUGGAACGAACGGAUGAAUGGCGAGACGCGGACGUAAGGAAGGAAGUCGGAUGGAAAGAAAGGGAGAGAGAGAAAGAGAGAGAGAGAGAGAGAGAGAGAGUGUCUGUGUGCGUAUAUAUACAUAUGCGUGAGUGAAAACGAAGAAAUAUAUAUAGGUCAUAUUUUUAGAUGAUUUGACGAGAAAACGGACGGGAAAGAACGAAAGAAUAAUGUUUAUCGCUAAUAUUAAAUUACGGAAAGGAGAUCCGCGAGAAAACUAAAGCGAGAAUCUAAUAAACGCGGCGGGAGGAUCGAAGUCGCAUGAUUGCGAGUCGCUCGAUGCAGCGAAUCAAAGCCGAGUCGAGUCGCUCGAACAGUGUGUUCGCGUCAUCGUUGACGCGAUCGGAAAAAAAAUAAGUACCUUCCCAGCGAGUGCAGCGAUUUCGAUGCAGGGUAAAGCGAGGAAAGGAUGCUAUCCAGGAGGACAAACAAAACAAGCACUGCUCCUCGAACAAAAAGAAAAAAAAAACGCCAUACAGUUAUUUAGCAACCGCGAGCUAGACGGCGAUGGCGCGACGCUAUCGAUCCCGUCGAAGUCAAUUGGAGCGAGGAAGGGAUAUAUAUUUUUGGAAAGUUUCGGAAUAUAUUUUUGUUCGAGCUGUUCCAUACUUGUUCGCGAACGACCGAGUAAACCGGGGUCGUUCUUCGAUCGGACGCGACGAGGAAUAGAAAUUGCAUUUCUUUGAACAGUUGACUCGUGAUCGAAAUAGUUUGAUUUCGCAGGAAA